AUGCGGAACGCUAUCCUCUCUCUCGGCAAGCGAGUCAACAUCGUGGUCUCGGCUUCGCUGACCAAGGCCGAGCUGGUGGAGUCCCAGCGCGAUCCCUGGUCAAAGUCAGCCAAAUAUGGAUAUGGAUUCGUCUACUUCGCCGUCAUACUGCUGGUCAUCACUUCUCUCAUUCGAUUCUGGCAUAUCUGGGGUGACAAGAUGCGGAUUGCCUACUUUAGAGAGAGCCGACCUCAGAUUCACCCAAACACCUCCAUGUGCAACGAUGAGUACGAGCUCCCUAGUGCUGGCACGGAUGCUUCGAGCGCACACUUCUUCCCAGCUCAAAUGACCAUUGCUCCGCCCAAAAGACGCGAGUCCAUCUUCCAACGGAUCAUCCCGUUGCAGAAGGUGAUCGCACUGAUGCGCUGGGUAUUCUACAGACCAAUUCCGGUGGUCAGGGUCGGAAAGAACCAAAUCGUCUUUCCUUCUCUGGCAGUGACAAUAAUCGUGCUGAUCGCGUUGAUCUUCGUGACUCUAUACUGCUUCGUACCACAGCCAUUAUACUACUGGUCCAUCGCCUUGGGAUCACCUCCUUUGGCCAUUCGGGCGGGCAUGCUUGCAGUGGCCAUGGUCCCGUGGAUUGUUGCACUCGCCACCAAGGCAAACUUCAUCACAAUGCUCACUGGGCUAGGUCCCGAGCGACUAAAUGGACUCCACCGCUGGUCCGCCUAUAUCUGUCUCUUCCUGUGUCUCGUUCACAUGAUCCCGUUCUAUAUCACUCCGAUCUGGACGGAUGGAGCCAUGGUAAACUAUACGAAGUUUGUCAACCUACCUAUGUAUGCGUAUGGUACCGGUCUCGCGGCAGCCGCUCCUCUGUUCGUGCUUUGUAUUCAUUCGCUUCCAUCCAUCCGCCACUGGAUGUAUGAGCUGUUCAUCAUCAUUCAUAUCCCUGUAUCCUGGAUUUUCGUUUCGAUGCUAUUCUGGCACACGAAAAACUAUCUCUCCUCAUGGGGUUAUCUUUGGACCACGGUGGUGAUUUGGAUCCUCACCUACAUUAUUCGACUAUUUUAUCUCAAUUGGAUGAACCCAUUCCGGAUGUCCUCAUUUAUGAUCGGAGAAGAGUCGGCCAUUACGCUUCUCCCACAAGGUGCUAUCAAGGUCACAGUCCCCACGCAAAUGCGCUGGCGACCGGGCCAGUACGUCUAUCUACGCAUGCCGAGGAUCUCCUUCUUCCAGAGCCACCCCUUUACUAUUGCCUCGCUCUGCAGCGACGACUUCCCCUCUGCAUAUGGUGAGAAAUACCGAGAUUUGACCCUCGUCUUCCGACCCGCCAAGGGUUUCACACGCAAAGCCUUUGAAACAUACUUGGAGAAUGGUCCAUUCAGAACCUACACAGCACUCCUCGAAGGACCUUAUGGCGGCAUGCAGCGGGAGAUGUCCGCAUUUGACGACGUGAUCUUCUUCGCAGGAGGAAGCGGUAUCACUGCGAUUGCUAGCCAGUUGCUGGAUCUAAUCAAGAAGAUCCGUGAUGGUAAAGCUGUGACCAAAUCAGUCAAAGUCAUCUGGUCCUUGAAGACACCGGAGACAAUGGAAUGGUUCCAAGAGGAACUCCGUAUCUGUCGAGACCAUGCACCUUCCAGUAUCGUGCAUUGCCACUUCUUUCUCACCGCAGUGAACCAAGACGACCAGCAAGGGCGAGACUUGGUCCAAGAGAAGAUCUCUGGUAUUUUGCAGGGCAUUGAUAAGCGCAACUCUGCCUGGAUCAGGGAAGAGGCCGCCGGUGACGCCGAGAGAGAAAAGGAACUGCGCCGCGAAAACGAGGACGGCCUCGCUGCUCUCCCAGGCGCAUAUACUGCACCUCAUGUUGCGACCACCCGCCACUUUAGCCAGGAUCAUUACGCAGGACAGCCUGGAGUUAACAAUGCUCCCUUCGACUUUGGAUUCAACGGCCCACAACCGGUAUCCCAAAGAGCCACCCCGCGCUACGCGGUGUUCCAACCCUCACAACGAAGAGAAAAUUGGAGGACGGACUACUUCCGUCCCAACAUCCCCGAGAUGCUCAACGGGUUCUCGAAGAACUUCGGCCGACGUGCUUGUGUCUUCGUAUGCGGCCCACCUAGCAUGCGUAUCGAGGUUGCAAACACAGUGGCCAAGCUCCAAACGCAGGUGAUGCUAGAUCCGAAUAGAGACGAGAUCUUCUUGCAUGCGGAGAACUAUAAUAUCUAA